CGGAGGAGGAGGAGGAGGGGCUGCCCAGCACGGGCAGGGUUAAAGCGCCAUGUAACCGGAGCGCGGGGCUGUCGGGGGCCGGCUGGGGCGCGGGCGGCGGCGAGCGGCGGCGCGGCCCCGCUGGACGGCGCGUCCCGCCGCGGCGCAGGAAGGCGGCUCCCGGCCGGCGCUGAGGCGUGAAGGCACCCCCGGGCUGGGCACCGAGGGCAGCGGGCGGCCGGAGCCGGGGGGCGCUGGGCUGCCGGGCACCGGCGGCGAGCGGCGGGGGCGAGCGGGGGAACGAUGAUGCAGUAGGCGCUCCGGACGGAGGAACUCCGCUGCCCAGCGAGACCCGAGACCCACCUGCGCGACGGCGGAGCCCCUGCGGCCCCAGCCCUGCCCGCAGGCAGCACCGGCCCGGGCAGGGGGCUCGGCAGAGCCGGAGAGGCUCAGCCCGGCGGGACGAGAGCGAGAUGAGCAUGGUAAAGAGCCUAGAGCGGCUGGAGCAGCGGCUGGCUGUGAUGGUGGCUGCCCAGGAGACUUCUCAGGCCUGGUCUUCACUGGGAGAGGAGGGGCCGGCAACCAUGAAAAAGGAGAACCUCAGCCGGGAUGAGGCAGACUGCAGGGCAGGGCUGAUCCGCCUCAACGGGGACUGCACUGAUCCUGCUAAAGACACACCGGCCCUUCUGGAGGCUAAUGGGAAGCCCAGUGCUCCGGACGCUGGGAGCCUGGGACUGCCGAGCCUGAAGAACAAGAGGGUGAGCAAGGAACUCUCCAAGGAGGACCUGUCCUGGCCACUCACGCUCUCGGAGGCACAGGAGACACGGCCACGGGGCAGCGCUGGCUGGGAGAGCAGCCUCAGGCAGAAGCCUCCUGUCCGCCUCAUCUUCCAGGCAGGGCAGACCCGGCACGAGAUGAAAAUCAAGGAAGCGAACAGCGAGGAGAAUCUCAGGGACCUGCCAACGCCGCUGCGGAGCUCCAGGAGGCGAUCGGCCAUGCCCGUCCUCACCACCAUCGACCUGACGGAGGAUGACUCCCGGGACUCGUCGCAGAGCAGCAGCACGAUUUCAGGGAGCAGCUCCCAGGAGGGCCAGAACGGCUCUGCCGAGCUGGCGGCUGAGGAACCGGAGAGCCGAGAGGCGGGGAUAGCGCUGGAGUACCAGGAUGGGAAGGAAUUUGGAAUUGGGGAACUCGUCUGGGGAAAGAUCAAAGGUUUCUCCUGGUGGCCGGCAAUUGUCGUCUCCUACAGAGCCACGUCCAAGCGCCAGGCGGUCUCGGGCAUGCGAUGGGUGCAGUGGUUUGGAGAUGGGAAGUUCUCUGAGGUUUCUGCAGACAAGCUGGUGGGGCUGAUGGCCUUUAGGCAGCAUUUCAAUUCUGCCACGUUUAAUAAGCUGGUUUCCUAUCGCCGAGCCAUAUUCCAUGCCCUGGAGGUUGCCCGGAGCCGGUCGGGGAAGACGUUUGCAGCCACCCCCGGAGAGUCCCUGGAGGAGCAGCUGAAGCCCAUGAUCGACUGGGCGCUCACCGGCUUCAAGCCCCUGGGCCUCAAGGGGCUGCGGCCGCCCAAAACCUCAGAGAACGGGGCCCUGCGGAACGGCACGGAGGAGGUGCUGUGCCUCGAGCAGUGCCCCCCCACCAAGAGGCUGAAGGCCGCCCUCUGCAACAGCAACAAGGAGCAGCGAGUGGAGGAGGACCAGACCCGAGAGCAAAUGGUUUCCGAAGUUACGAACAACAGCGGGAGCCUCGAAGACAGCUGCCUGUCCUGCGGGAGGAGGAACCCGGCCACCUUCCACCCGCUGUUCGAGGGAGGCCUGUGCCAGACGUGCAGGGAUAGAUUCCUGGAGCUCUUCUACAUGUACGAUGAAGACGGCUACCAGUCCUACUGCACCGUCUGCUGCGAGGGCAAGGAGCUGCUGCUCUGCAGCAACGCCAGCUGCUGCAGGUGCUUCUGCGUGGAGUGCCUGGAGGUCCUGGUGGGGCGAGGGACGUCGGCCAAGGCAAAGGAGCAGGAGCCCUGGAACUGCUACAUGUGCCAGCCCCAGCGCAGCUACGGGGUGCUGCAGCGCCGGCAGGACUGGAACACCCGUCUGCAGGAUUUCUUCACCAGUGACAAGGGCCAGGAAUACGACGCACCCAAAAUCUACCCAGCCGUGCCCCCGGCCAAGAGGAAGCCCAUCAGAGUGCUCUCCUUGUUUGAUGGCAUAGCAACAGGGUACCUGGUGCUGAAGGACCUGGGCAUCCAGGUGGAGAAGUACAUCGCCUCCGAGAUCUGCGAGGACCCCAUCGCGGUGGGCACCGUGCGGCACGAGGGCAACAUCACCUACGUGCACGACGUCCGGAACAUCACCAAGAGAAACAUCGAGGAGUGGGGUCCCUUUGACCUGGUGAUCGGCGGGAGCCCCUGUAACGACCUGUCCCUCGUCAGCCCGUCCAGGAAGGCGCUGUAUGGUAAGGCUGCUCCUCCCUGAGGGCCGGGUACCCCUGGGAUGCUCAGAUCCGGGGCCACACCGCGGGGGCCACCUGCCAAACGCUGUCUCCACCCAGGCCCGCCGGCCCCCACGCCCCCGCCUCAGCCUCCCCUGCGGGGCCGCGGCCGGUCGCCACCCAGCACUCCCGCUUCCCCCCGUGCAGAAGGGACCGGGAGGCUUUUCUUCGAGUUCUACCACCUGCUCAACUACGCCCGGCCCAAGGCGGGCGAGGAGCGCCCCUUCUUCUGGAUGUUUGAGAACGUGGUGGCCAUGAGGGUCAACGACAAGAGGGACAUCUCUCGGUUCCUGGAGUGUAACCCGGUUAUGAUCGACGCUAUCAAGAUCUCUGCUACCCACAGAGCUCGCUAUUUCUGGGGCAACCUCCCGGGGAUGAACAGGAUCUUCGGCUUCCCCCUCCACUACACCGACGUUUCCAACAUCAGCCGCGGGGCUCGCCAGAAGCUGCUCGGGAGGUCCUGGAGCAUCCCCGUCAUCCAGCACCUCUUCACCCCGCUCAAGGAUUACUUUGCCUGUGAAUAGCAAGCGGAGCGUCCCUCGGCUCUCGGGUAACGACGCAGCUCAGCUGCCUGGGGGGAGAGGGCAGGAUGCGACCGCCAGUCUCUCCCGUGGGCCCUGCAGCUUCCCCGUCCCCGUCCCUGUGCUGCGGGAAGGACGCACGGCCCCGCAGCAGGGCUGGGGGAACUUCAACCAAAGAACCUGGCAGGGUGACCCUUCCUUAAGGGACCGAUGACAGCGACACGUACGGACAAAAGAGCUUUAAUUACCCAGCCCAGGAAGCUGCGUGCAUCACUGACGAGGCGAGAAGUCUCCUCCAGAGCAUUAAAUAUUCCAAUUUUACCCCAGAGCUGAAGAGGAGAAAGUGGUGGAGGCAGCUGCUGGCGUGCUGCGGACAAACGCGGACUGUAGAGGCCGAUGGCUUUUCCUAAACAAACAAAACCUCUUGAAAUGACUGCCAAAAAAAAACCCAAACUGCAGCAGCAGGUGUAAGGGACCCUGGUCAGGUUACGUACACUGAACAUGCAGGACACACAAACCAAAUCUUUUUUUUUUUAAAGACUUUUUUUUUUUUAUAAACUUUAAUUUUGUUUAACGUCUGUUGCUGCUUUAAGGCAUUACAUAAGAAUGUGGAGACUCCUAGACCUGAAUGUAGCUGAAACUGAACUGUGAGCUGAUAGAUUUUACUUUUCUAGUUAGAAAAUAUUUCUACAGGGAGAUACUGUUUUUAUGUUUGGCUGUAGUUUACGAAUAUUCACUACGUCCUUCUCAAAGCAUUUCCAUUUUUUCCCUCGCAUUUCAAACUCCUGCUGAGUGGAUUGAAAGGGUAAAGAGGAAGCAGAGCAGGGAGGAUCUGGCUCCAGCAUCCACAAAGGAAAAUGUUCUCCGAGCGUUCGUUUCCCAAAUGAACGGUCAGGGCAGGCACGUGGGGUCUGGCACCCGUGGGACCGAGGGCUCCCCCCUCUCCUUCUACCUCUCUGGCCAGUGGCUCGUGGGUGUCCCCCCCCCUGUGCCUGGGCUGUGCCGUGGCUGCUGCCUGCUCCUGUCCCCCGCUGAGGCUGCCUGCGGGGCUGUGCAGCAGGGGAAGCCCAGCUGAAAGCCCUGCUGAAGGCCGAGGUGUUUUUUUUGAUGCUGCCUGGGGGUCGCUCCUGAGCCCCCCCCCCGUGGUGCUCCCCAGUGACUGCGCUGCAGCAGCACCCCCCAGCCUCCUGUGUGCACACCCCGCAGGGAUGAGGCCCCCCCAGCACCUCCCAGCACCCGCCCCACAUCAGGGGGGGCUCUGCUGGUGCCGGGGGGGGGGGUUUGGGCAGCCCCCCCUGCUGCCCCGCUGCUGUUCAGGCCUGGGAGCUUUAUUUCCCAAAGCAGGUGAACGUGUGACCUCCACUCAGCCGCAUCUCCUGUGCCACAUCUCGCAUCCCUUCCUGUCUGAUCGAAAGAAAAAUAAGAGAAAAAAAUCCAAAAAGGACUUGGGGAAAGCAAACCAAGACUGCGGGAGGCUGCCCGGGGGGGCUGCAGCUGCCAGGUCCCGGUGCCGGAGCCUCCUGCGUGUGUGUAAAGAUGUCGUACGGAGAGGUGGAUCCCCGAAAAGCCUUCUGCAUAACGCGGCGAAGGUUUCUCCCUCUCCCCGGUGCUAUUUUUCUAGAGUAAGGAUUUCUGAUGUCAAAAGUGUUGCGGGUUUUUUAUACGAGCUUUGAAAAUAAGAGAAAAAAAAAGUGUUUUGUUCAACGCC